AUGGCCCCAGAUAUGGAGCCGAUAUUCAGGCUUCUAUGCAAAGCUGCUAAUCGGCAUGGCGGGGCAUGGUUGAUGAGGAUACUGGCUGAAAUGCCUAAUGGCCUCUCCAGUUUGGCAGAUAGGCCUAACCCAAGACGCCUUGCAGCCUCAGGAGAUACUACACCCUCAUGGGUUCAGGGUUGGUGCCGCAGUAUGCACGGGGAGCACGUGGACAAGUCUGAACAAAAGGACAGCAUUGCACCUUUGAGGACUAAAGCAGGAAUGAUGGCAGUCUUGGCAGGUGCUCUGAAAUUUCUGCAUAUGCCAAAUCACAGUCAAGGGAUGGAUAAGGAGUCAUCAAAAAAGAAUGCAGCAUGCCAUGCAAGAAAAAGUGAUGUUCCAAAAACACCAAGGAAACUAAUUGAAGACACGUUACUGCAAAAAAAGAAAAACAAAAAUAAAAAUGUGGAAAAGACAACGGCAGAAACUGUUAGUAACUCACUGGAGGCUUUUACUUUGAAGGAAGAAUUGAAGAAUACAGGGGAAGUUAUUGUUACAAAGAGAAAGGCUAAAACUCAUAAAGGCAACCAUGACAGACCUGAAGUUAUUCAGCCUCACAUAGACCUAGCAACUAUAGUGAACAUAGAAAUGGAAUUAGUCUACAUUAACGAGGAGGACAUUACAUAUGAAUUUCUAGAGUCCCAGAUGCCCCAAAAUCUAUUAUCUACAUGUCCAACAUCUGAAGAAAUAUGCUCCCAAAGUACCAGUAAUUUCAUAUUAUUGCCAGAAACUGACAAAUUUCUUCAGAAAAUAUUAGAAGGCGGCAGUAAUUGCUACAGACAGAAUAAUUUUGCAGCAGCAGCAGGACGUUUAACAACAGCAUUGGAGAUGUGCAGUAAAGGUAAUGCAUUGGGGAAACUUUCAGAUGCAUCUGCAGAGAACAUUUCAAGUGUCGUCAGCUUUAUUGAAACAAAGCUUGUUGCCUGCUACUUGCGGAUGAAACAGCCUGAACUUGCACUCAGCCAUGCACACCGGAGUAUAGCGUUAAAUCCAUCAUACUUCCGAAACCAUAUUCGUCAAGCAACAGUGUUUAUAUCUCUGGAAAGAUACUCUGAAGCUGCAAGGUGCGCUAUGAUUGCUGACUAUAUCUACUGGCUGUCUGGUGGCAGAGACGCAAACAUAAGCAAGCUCAUCAAACUGUACUGGCAGGUCAUGCAUGAGGAAGCCAUGGCCAGAGCUAAAACAUUUUCUGUGAUGUACACACCUCUGGCAGAAGAACUGCAGCCAGAAACUAUUGAGAAAGUAAAGGACUCCUUCAUAAAAAGUCACCCAACGCAUGCAAAAUAUGUAUAUACAGAUGACCAGCUUCAUAUUCUGCCUCAAACCACUGACUGGUCUUCUGAUCCUCCACAUCACUACCUGCUAACUCUGGGGUUUAAAACAAGAAAAGACGGUGUGUUCCUAGAAAAACAAAGAUCACAGUCACAUGUGUUUGUAGAGGACAGAAAUCCAUUUCAUCCACUUUCCCAAGAAGAAGCUGAGAGACAUUUGGACAUCUUAAGAAACAGAAUUAUGCCCGUCGUGGAUUUUAUGAGAUGCACCAAGUUUCUAAGUGGUGUCUCACCAUGCUCAGGUGUGAUAGGGAAGCUGCAGUAUGCCAGCAUUCUCAGUCAGCUACAACAAGCAGAGGAAGAGUCCCAAGUGAUUAAUCAAGCUCAGGCAGAACUAGCAACUAUCCCAUAUCUGCAGGAGAUCAGUCAACAAGAUGUUGAACUGCUGAAAUCGCUAAUAGCCGAUGUCAUGGAUUGUCUCCAAGGGAGAUGUGUAAAGGAAUACACUUGGAACAAAAUACAAAAGGUUGAGAUGAUUGAAGAUUUUUUGCACCAGUUAGAAGAAAGAUUUUUAAAAGCAAAAAAACUUCGGACCGCUAGAAGGCAAAGGAUGAAAAUGAAGAAGCUUCAAAGAGCAGAUCUCAGUCAGUCUGUAGGGACAGCUACAGCAUCCACGAGACCCUCAGAAGAAGAUAGCAAGGACAUUAACACCAUGGAAAUGUGACAGGAAAACAAAAGCCUGUCUUGAAAUUAAUGAGGUGUCCUCACACAACAACUCUCCUCUAGCAAGGAGUCCCUGCACGUCAUUAGUCUUAGUUGGCAGAAACAAAUGUGUCUUAGAAGGGAAGUAUGAUUUGUAACUGUUUAUUUAAAUAUAUAGUAGAAAACCUGACCGUUACUUUGACUGAGCCUGUGCAUUGCAAUAUAACAACAAAACGUCAGUUUAAAGCUUCGCAUGUGCGAUAGAAAAUGACUGCAUAAAU